AAAUAAUUAUCAUUGAAGACCGACUAUUUUUUUUACAAUGCAACACUUAGUUACGUAAUUAUGGAAUCUUAUCUAAUCUUAUAACCUAACUAAGUUGUAUCGAUCGCUGCCACAUCAAGUAAAACGUGUGGUAAUCACCAUAGUAGAACAAAGCACCACAAUAAUCGCCGGGUUUGUUCCAAGAUAAAGCGAUCAAAGGUUAAAUAUGUCGCGUAUUCUAGUCCAGAAAGCGUCUGCACUUUUUAAUGGUCUUAAGAAUGCAUCACGGGUCUCUGUGGUACAAGCAAGAAACCUUAAUUUAUUGGAAUAUCAGAGCAAAUUACUUUUGAGGGAUAGUGGUGUAUCCGUACAGAAUUUUACAAUUAUUGAUGACCUCAGUCAUGCCAAAGAAACUCUGGCUAAGUUCAGUGCAGCUGAGUAUGUCGUAAAAGCCCAAAUCUUGGCUGGAGGGAGAGGCAAAGGCCACUUUGAUAAUGGAUUCAAGGGCGGCGUGCAUCUUACCAAAGAACACGGGGAGAUCGCUGGGAUGGUGAAAAAUAUGCUAGGUCAUCGUUUGAUAACCAAACAAACACCAAAGGAUGGGAUCAUGGUGAAUAAGGUAAUGGUCGCGGAGUCGGUUAACAUCGUCAAAGAGACGUACGUCUGCAUUCUGAUGGACAGGCAGUACAAUGGUCCGGUUUUGAUAGCUUCUCCAGCGGGUGGAAUGGACAUUGAAGAUGUUGCUAAGAACACACCAGAUCUGAUAAAGACUGUAGCUCUCGACAUUUACGAGGGUGUAACGGACAAGGUGGCUAAGGAGGUGGCAAAUUUCUUGGGGUUCAAAGACAAAGUGCUCGAAGAAAAGACUGUUGCGGAAUUGAAAAACUUGUGGAAGCUAUUCGUCAACAUCGACGCACUUCAAAUAGAAAUAAAUCCCUUGGUUCAGACCGAUAAACAGCAAAUCAUAGCCGUUGACGCGAAAAUUUCUUUCGACGAUAACGCGCAGUUCAGACAGCAAGACAUAUUUGCUCUGGAUGACGCGGGCGAAAGCGACCCGAGAGAAGUUGAGGCGUCGAAAUUCAGCUUGAAUUACAUCGGAAUGGACGGGAACAUCGGAUGCCUUGUUAACGGUGCUGGUCUGGCUAUGGCGACGAUGGACAUAAUAAAAUUGAACGGGGGCACGCCAGCAAACUUUUUGGACGUCGGGGGUAGCGUUAAGGAAGAUCAAGUUUAUCAGGCCUUCCGAAUUCUUACCGAAGAUUCUAAGGUUCGUGCCAUUCUUGUCAACGUUUUCGGAGGCAUCGUGAAUUGCGCAACGAUAGCAAACGGAAUCGUGGCCGCUUCCCGUAAUCUCGGUUUACGUAUUCCGCUCGUCGUCAGACUGGAAGGUACUAACGUCGAGGAAGCUAAGAAAAUACUCGCAGAAUCGGGAUUGCCCAUUCUUUCGGCUGGAGAUCUCGACGAAGCCGCACGUAAAGCAGUCACAGCGAUUAAACAGUAACCGGGACUCGUCGAUUCAAUCCAUUCAUCCCUGCAAUUAUGACAAAAGCAACCGAAGAUACGAAAAAUCGGAACAAACAUGAUGAAGAAUAUUGUGAUAUCGAUUAAUGAAUGACAUUAAUUAAUCACUCGUUGUUGUGUAAUAUAAAACGACUGUUUUCCUUGAAUAAAUUUUUACCUAAACAACA